AUGUACGUGUUUCGCGUUGCUGCUGUGUUGUUUCCUAUUUUGGCAUCCAUCGGCCAUUUUUGCGCAGCAGCCGCGCUGUCGGCUGACAUUUCGCGUUUUCCACAUACGACGUACGGCAUUUUCAGCGCUCGGUCAUCGUCACCGAAGCCGAAGCAGCAGACGAGCAACGACGUGCGACGACGUAACGAUGGCGCAUUGGUCGGAUGUGGACGCACACCUGCUCUCGCCACUCUCCCGCGGUUAUGUCCAGCUGUUCAGUGA